UUCACAUUUAUCAUUAUUUUCAUCUUUAAAAAAGCCUGCACUUGAAAGAACAGUGGCCCAGUGUUCCUCUGAAUGGGUGAACAGUGUCAGGAACUGGUCAAGCCAGAUCUCUUGAAAGCCCCGCAGCCAUAUCUUCACAAGGGAACGAAUUCCCUCCUCAUCUUAUGACUCACAACAUCUUUUUACGGCUGAGACUUUCUACCCAACACAACCAGGACAAAAGCAGAUCCCUCCCAGUUUUAUUACACUACAGUAUUAGAUUGUUUACCUUCCAGUAUGAGCAGUUAAGUUGAGGGAGGAGAUUUGAGGAGGGAGGAGCCACCUGUCAGGAGAGAAGCACAAACCUGACAGCAGAUCACUGCCGCUGCCAACUGAGGAAUCUCACAGGAGUGCGGGAGAAUAAUGUCCACGAGCUAAGGGAAACACACUGGUGUCUGUCCAUCGACUGCAGAGAGACAAGAUCAAAAUGGGUGGCAAUAUAAGUCAGAAGAAGGCCGGCAGACAAGCCAGCUCAAGGAGUCAUACAAACAGUGUCACCUCUGACUCAGAGGGUCAUUUUGACACGCCUGAAGCAGCAACUCCUGUUCGCGCUCCUCCGACCUUCCCGGGAGAGCUGGAGAACAACAACGCUGAUCCAGACAAAACAGAUGUGGAAAAAGAAGAGCACCUGAUAGUGACUGCUCCUUCUGAGGAUCAGGAUAUUUUGCUAACCCACAACAUGGGUCAGGAUGAGCCUGCAACCCCCAUGGGUGGUCACUUGAAAGUAAACAUCAAGACUCUGGAAGAAGGACAAACAGAGAAUCUUCCAGAAGCCCUGGGCUCUGUGCCUGUCCCAGCUUCAUCCUCAGUGAAGGAAACUCUUGAAGUGGCUGAAUGCACAGCACCGUCCUCUGAGUCAUCCCAAGCCCCAGUUCCUGUCCUAGUUGCAGAUUCUGAUGUGGAUCCAGCUCCAGCACCAACCCCAGAACCAGAUUCAGUCCGGAGCAGUGAACCUGUAGCCAGCCCAGCUCUAGAGCUCUGUGAAAGUACACCUCAUUCUGAACCAGAACCACAGUCCAAUGGCCUCAAACACACUGAGCCCACUCAAAAGACUAAAACCAGGAAGUCUAAGCCUCCUUCCCUGGAAGUGAAAGCUUCGCUGAACGAUCUGUCCCAAACAGCAGAGGAACAAGAACUUCCUGUUCCCAAGUCCAUUUACAAAUUUGACCCUGACCAGCUGGAUGACAACUUUAAUCCCUUCACCAGUGGUGGAUCCAAAAUCCCAAACUCUCCCCCACCUUGUGGUUCGAGCUCUCUCCCCAGACUUGAGCCACUCGGCGCGUCACUGCCUGUCUGUGAGACCAGCUCAGAAGCUCCUGCAGAAGCAGAGACGAUGGAGUCUUCAACAAAGGUGAAGCCUGUGAUGCUGGAGUUCGGUUUGGACGAGGGGACGGUCAGCAAACCACCUCCGAGAAAAUUAGGUGGUAAAAAGACAAUCAGCAAACUUGCAGCUAAGAAGCAGAAGCCCAAAGAAUCAGAGGCUUCCAGCAAACCAGCACCAGAACCCACUGUGUCAGAAGUGGAUUCUCAGCCAGUAUCAGAAUCAGUUUCUCAACCAGCAUCAGAGCCAGUUUCUCAGCCAGUAUCAGAACCAGUUUCUCAACCAGCAUCAGAACCAGUUUUAGAUCCUCUUCCUGAAACUGCUUUGCCUGUCUCAGACUCUGGUGCACCUCUGAACCUUGACGAUGUUCCUAUCCCUAAGACGGGAACGUACAAUUUUGAUCCCAGUCAGUGGGACGACCCGAACUUCAAUCCAUUUGGUAGCAAUAACAAAAUGAGCAGCUCUCCAGUGCUCCCUAAGAGCUCCUAUAGCUUUGAUCUGGACAAUUUGGACGAGUCUGUGGACCCUUUUAAAUCCUCCAAAACCCUGAGCAAUGAGGACCCACCCAGUAGUGCCAUUAAGUCGGAGAAAAAAGUAAAAGACGGAGGCAAACCAAAAGCAGGGCACCCAGCCGCAGAGAAGAAAGUGAGGCAGAUUCCUAAGAAGAGCAAAGAGAGGACAGUCCCCUCCAGGACAUCUGAACAAGUCAAGUUUCUCUGUUUUCUGUUGAAUUCCUGUAAGGUCCAGAAUUAUGAUGAGAGCCAGUCCUUGGUACUCGACGUGUGCAAUCAGGGGGAGGAUGAUGCAGCGGUUCAGACCCCAGAGAUCACUCAGCGAGUUCAUCACGCCACUGACGAGGAGAAGCUCGCCUCCACCGCCAUUAUGGGCCAGGCAACAGAUGCCCCGGAGGAGAAAGGAGAAGCUGAAUGCAACAAAGCACCUGUGAAAAAACAGCCAGCAUCUGUUAUGGAUGGUCCUGAGACUAAGACUGCAGUUCACCUGGAGGACACCUGCGAUCUGAAAGAUGAUAUAAGCGAGAUAUCUAUGAACCAAACAACGAAGGUGAGCAGCAGUGAGGCCACAGACACAGCAGCCUUGUCCCAGGACAGCAUACCCCUGAGUGAGAUGGACAAGGCUGCAGUGCUCACGCUGAUCAGAGAAGAGAUCAUCACCAAAGAGAUUGAGGUCAAUGAGUGGAAGAGGAAGUACGAGGAGAGCAGAGCUGAGGUGUUGGAGAUGAGGAAAAUAGUUGCAGAGUAUGAGAAAACAGUUGCACAGAUGAUUGAGGACGAGCAGCAGCAAAAGACCCUGUCCUGUAGUAAGACAGUCAGGCAAUUGACUGCAGAGAGGGAUCAGGCCAUAGCUGACCUCAACUCUGUGGAGCGCUCCUUCGCUGACCUCUUCAGGAGGUAUGAGAACAUGAAGGGAGUCCUGGAGGGCUUUAAGAAGAAUGAGGAGGUGCUGAAGAAGUGUGCACAGGACUACCUGAUGCGGAUCAAGCAGGAGGAGCAGCGAUACCAAACCCUCAAGUUGCAUGCCGAGGAGAAACUCGACAAGGCUAAUGAGGAGAUAGCCCAGGUACGUGCCAAGGCCAACACUGAGGCUGUCGCGCUAAACGCCAGCCUGAGGAAGGAGCAGAUGAAGGUGGAGUCACUCGAAAGAGCUGUCCUUCAAAAGAAUCAGGAGAUCGAGGAGCUCACUAAGAUCUGUGAUGAACUGAUUGCCAAACUGGGAACAGAAUAAAAGGGUCUUUGAUUAAACUGCAGCAUUGAUGUAAAUUCUGUGCGCGAUCCCAUUUAAGCACAAGUCGCACGUUUUCUCUCUGCUCAUUUUUUUUUUUUUCACAAUAAAAUACAGAAUGGUUGACCUUUUGAUCUUCAGAGACUAAAACAUUGAACCAGACGUGAUCAUGGUGUGAAUCAUGUCAUGGCAGUAGAAGAGGCACAAAGUUAAGAUGAGGUGGAUUAUUAAUUAUUUUGAAGUUCUCUGAUUUGUUGAUCUUUGGUUUAGGAUUUACAGUCAAGGCUUAUUUUAUGGUUAAAUGAUUCAUCCGUUUUAAACUGUUGAUUCUCUUCUUUUUGAAAUGUGUGUGCAUUGGAAAUGAUCAGAUGGUUUGUUGUGUUACAAAUCAUUUCUGCUGCCAUUUGAUACAGCAUGUUUAACACAACCACUGUAGGGAAUAAUGUGGGAUCUAAGGGAAACUCUGUGGAUACACAGUGCAAACAUCUUUUACCACAGUGCAUCUACAUGUAAGUACAAUCUCUCUAUUGAGUGCCUAAACUGAUCGUAGUGUAUUAGUUUCCUGGCCUAUGAAUACGUCUCGCUGCCAUUUCUUUGGCGACACUUUGGUUCUGCGGGUUUGUUUUCUUUCAGCGACAAAUGAACGGAGACUAAUAUCAGAGUGUUUCUUAAGCUGCCCAUUGAGUCUCUUUUUCUUUCUUGUUUGACAGGAUAACAUGUACAGUGUAUGAAAGUUGUCAGUUAUUGCAGAGUGUGAUGUUCAGCCACAAAGUUUGGACACCCUCUGGGACUUUUAAAUAUGAAGAGCACUUAAUAGAAUCAUAUCUUGAAUUCUGUUUUUUUAUUUUAUUUGACAGACAUGGAUGGACUGGCUCGAAGCUCAAGUAGUAAAAACUUUGCUCUUAUUAUACUGUAAUAUUUAACCACGUGCCAUGUUUCGUUUUCUCGCUCCACAGUUGAGUGUGGAAAAGUGAGAAUCACAUUGAGUCGCUGCCAUGUCAAUAUUGUUGGACUGUAUUCACACUUUCUGUGAGCCUAAGUGUUGCUGACGUGCCUUUUUGUCUAUUUUGUUUUAAAAAAAAAAAAGUUUUAUUUUAUUUCAUGCAGUUGUUUCCAAACUGUUGCCAAAGUGUAGUGUAUACAGUAUAUAUCUUUUAUGAUCAAAAUAUCCUGAACACAGUGAGUUAUGAUGGGUUUACAUUUUUAAUGCUUUACCUGCAAUGGAUGAAUGCCGGGCUGCAUUACUCUUUAAGGUGAAAGUCUGUGUUUGGGUGAGCAGGGGUUCAUUAUGUGAUAAUAUCUUCAUUGCUAACAUCAGCAUUUUUUUGCUCUGAUUGAACCUGAAGGAGAUCACAGGUAUAUUUUUGGACAGAUGUUCCACACAUCAAGGACGGAUUCUUCUGUGGAAACCCUCUUUCACAUAAGCACAAUCAGUUGCCAAAUGUCAUUAUAAAAUGAGAUGAGUCUCAGUGCUUGACUGUGUCUUGUUGUAUUGGUGUUAACAUAAGUCUGAAGGUUCUUUUCAGUGCAGAUCCAUUGUUACAGCACAGUAUGUGUACAUUUUAUACUUUAUGGGAAGAAUUUUGUUCCUAAUAUUUGUAAAACUGAAGAAUGAAGUACACUCAGAUUGUAUGUUACCUGCCAUAUUUGUGCAUUCUUGAGUAAAUGGUUAAGAUGA